AUGCGGGUCCGCCUCGCGCAAUCUGCGCUCGUCGCCCUCCUCUUCCGCCUCGCCGCCGCUGCUCCCGCCGCAAGACGGACCGCCGCGCCGAGUCGACGCGCUUUCGACGAGCGAGACGUGAUCGUCAAUGUCGGCCAGGUCACGACGGUCAAGACGGUCGUGCGCACGGCGGUCCCGACGACCGUCUACGUCCCGGUCACGCUCGACGACGGCGACGAGACGUCUUCUGCGGUCGCUUCAACGGUCGAGAAGGAGGUGACGACCGUCGUGACUCAAACUGCCGUCGCCACCGAGAUCGUCAAGACGACCGUGACCGACGGCCAGACCGUCGCAGUGACGCUCACGACGACGGCGUACGAGCUGCAGCUCGCGACCGAGGUCCAAAUCAUUCAGUCGACCGUCUACGAGCAGUCGACCGUCGUGCAGACGCUUCAGGGCGUGCCCGUCACUAGCGUCGUCACCCAAGCCAAGCCGACCAGCGUCGCCGUGAGCAAGACCAAGGAGGCGAGCCCCGACGAUGAAGCGGACCCGGCGCAGACCAAGGGCGACGAUUCGGCCAAGACGCACGAGCCCGACAGCAACGCCAAGACGACGUCCAAGCCCGACACCGCCGCCAUGUCGUCCGCUGCGCCGGCGACGUCCACCUUGACCACGACGGCCGCCGACGGCUCGACGCUCAAUCUUAACAACACGGCCGGCGCCGACGCCGACUCGGGCGCGAGCGUCGACUCGAGCAACGAGAGCUCGAACACGAACAGCGUGUCGAUCACGAUGGCCGACACGGGCGCGUGGAUGUCGGAAAACAAGUGGAUCCUCAUCGGCGCCGGCGUCGCGGUCAUUGUCGCCAUCAUCGCCAUCGUCGCGAUCGCUCUCGGCGGCAAGAGCAAGUCCGGUGGCUCGAGCGCCGGUCCUCCUGCUCAACAGCUCGUCGUCACAGCCCCUCCCGCCGCAGCCUUAGGCGGCGCCGCUCCCCGUCCCGUCGCCAACUCGCUCGCCCGCCCUUCUCGCCGUACCUACGCCCGAGUCGGCGGACCCGGCGCAGAGAGCAGCGCCGUCAGCUCGUCGAGUGAUGAGGACGAGAAGCCAUUCGUGCACGCGAGCCCGAGUCGGUCGGCGCAAUCGGCCGUGCGGCAGGGCAGCGUCGGCGAGGCCAGCCUUGGGCGGCGGGUCAGC